CGCCUCGUGAAAAUAGCGGUUUUGGGGUGUCAUGGUCAAAGUUGAGAUAACACCGUAUUUGCAUACUUUGACAUGUAUUAAAACAGAUUCUGGUAUUUUUCUGUUAUAUAAAGUGUGUUUUGAUGUUGCAUAAAUUCAUUUUUCACACCCACCCUCACCGAUUUUGUCUCGUCGCCACGUGCCGAUCCCGAAAAAUGGCCAUGUUUGAGCCUUGGUUACGCGCAUUCCAAACACACUAAGUCCGCCAUGUUGCAUACCAUUGUAAUCGGCAUUCUCUCCUCUUUAACAUUGUCUGAAUGAAAGAGCCAAGCCCAAAAUAGUUUCGAAUCCAUUGUGACGUUUGUCGAGUCACCUUUUCCGAGUUUGUUACCUUAUAUGGUAGUUUCCGGGGAAUAAUGUGUAAUCGCGCGAUCCGAUUGGCCUGUGCCCUUAGCGUCGGCUACUUCCUCUCACUGCAAAAUGGCUGAAUGUGCGUCUGCUUUUUCUGGUGCUGAUGAGAUUGCCAUGGAUUCCCGUAAAAUUCCUGUGAAGAUUAAGGCGAAACAGAAACCUUAUGGUACAGGAAAGCUAUCUCGAAAGGCCCAUAGCAAAAAAGCUGCUGCUGCGCGAUGGAAGAAGACGCAGGAACCAAUUUGUGGCGAGUCACAUGUCAUCACAGACAUCGAGUCGGCAAGCGUUUCUGACAACUUAACUGAUUUAACUGAAUCGACUUCAACUGACUUGAAUACAUCGACAGCUUCAACUUCCAGACGAAAACUGGCACUUUUAAAAGAGAAGAUAGGAACGACUGACGAGUUAGAAGACGGUAAUACUAGAGAGCGUUGUUUUAUCGAGUUGAAAACUUUAACUGACAUGUUCUCAUUUUUCCCUUGCCCUGAAUGUUGCGUUACAGGCAGUUUUGAAGUGUCUUUUGGCGAUAAAAUGGGUUAUUCCCGACAGAUUAACAUCAAAUGUCAGAUAUGCCCAUUUAUCAUCCAAAAAUACUCCUGUUCGCGAAUUCAGGAAAGUGAAAAAGUGAAUACAGGGUUUGACAUAAAUAAUGCCAUGGUACUUUGCUUUAACGAACUUGGCCUUGGUCACGCAGCCAUGCAAAAAUUUUCAGCUUUGGUAAACAUUCCUGGCAUGCAUCACAAAACAUACCAAAAACUGACCAAAAAGAUCAGCACAGCACACAUUAAUGUUACUGAAAUGGUCAUGAAAGCAUCAGCUGAAGCUGUGCGUGAUGCUUAUGCUGAAUUAGAUACUAAUUUUGCCAGUGAUGAUGAUAACGUAAAUGUUUCCAGCAGUGUCUCUUGCCAUGAUGAUGAUGAUGAUGAUGAUUAUAAAAAUGAAAAUGUUGUUUCCAGUAAUGUUGUUUCCCCCCUUGAUGUCAUGGUCUCUUUUGAUGGUACAUGGCACAAAAGGGGUUUUACUUCCAGUCAUGGUGUAGGGGUAGUUAUAGAUGUUUUGACAGGGUUAGUCUUAGAUUAUGAAGUUCUGUCUAAGCACUGUCAGGUUUGUAAAGUUGCUAAAGUUAAUGAUAUGACUGAGGAGGAGAGAAAACAAUGGGAUAUAAAGCACAAGGACUUCUGCACACUAAAUUAUGAAGGUUCGUCAAAGGCAAUGGAGAAGGAGGCAGCACUCGUACUAUGGGGCAGAUCAUUAGACAAGCACAACAUGCGAUAUACCAGUAUGCUGUCAGAUGGUGAUUCCACUGCCCACUUAGCAUUAACAACAGCAAAGGUGUAUGGCAGCACAGAGAUAAAAAAGUUAGAGUGUGUCAAUCAUUGCCACAAAAGGAUGGGAGCAGCCCUUAGAAAAAAGUCAACAGAGGAUAACUUAAAAGGGAGGAAGUAUGGAGCCUUAACAAAGAAAACCUGCACAAAAUUGCAAGACUAUUACAAAUUUGCAAUCAACAAACACCUGGGAGAUCCUGAGGAGAUGAGGAGAGCUAUUUGGGCAACAUUGCUACAUUGCAUGUCUACAGAUGAGGAACCACACCAUCUGAGAUGUCCUGAUGGUCCAGACUCUUGGUGCUUCUACAAGAAAGCAAUAGCUGCUGGACAAACCCCAGGAAAGCAUAAGGACAACAUAAAAGUUCCUCUUUCUUAUGAAGUUGCCCGUGCCAUUUAUCCUAUUUAUGAAAGAAUGUCUGACCCUAAUCUUUUAAGGAGGAUGCAGCAUGGAAAAACCCAAAAUGCAAAUGAAGCCUUGAAUGCAACCAUCUGGGCUAGAUGUCCGAAGACAACAUUUGUGGGUGCCACACGUGUGAAAUCAGCAGUUGCAUCGGCUGUGUCCCAUUUUAAUCAAGGCUCUGCUCAUCUCUCUCAGGUGAUAAAACAUCUUGACAUUGUUCCAACAGCAACCAUUCUGCAAGCCUAUCAAGAGCAUCAAGAUGAAAACAGAUGUAGGCAGUCAGACCAAGACGCCAUGCCUGAAGCCAAGAAGCAGAGGAAGGAAAAAGUACAGAUGGAAAAGCGAGCGGUUGCCAGGCAAGAAAACCAUGAGGGGGAAACUUAUGGUCCAGGCAUACUAGGUUUGAUUUAAAUUGCAUGUUAGGAUGGCUGGUGUAGCUUAUAAACACCACAAACUAUUUUUUGAAGGCAUCUGGUAAGUGUUAUAUGCAUAUUAAAUCUUUAAGCUUGAAUUUCUCUGUUUGCCGUUUUUGACAACCAGUCCUUAACUAUAAAAACCCAUAUCUCAAGAUUGGCUUGUGCUACAGCAGUAAAAUUUUGC